AUGUUGACCCUGUAUUACGUGAGCGCCACCGUCCUGCAAUCCUGGCGCAUCCAGAAGGCCUGCUCCAAGAUCGCCGAGCACCUGGCGCAGCCCUCGAGCAUCGCCUUCUACGCCCUUCAAGCGGGCAGUGACGAUGGAUUCGAUCCCGCCCUGGCCAGCUCCGAGCUGUGCGGCAACCGCAAUGCGGCCAAGGUCACGGACAUCCUGUGGCUGCACGCCAAUCAGCGGGGCUGCUGCCUCCGUCCGCUGCAGACGCUCCACAUCACGCCCUGGAUCAGCUUCCCGGCGGCGCCCAGUCUGCUGCCCUUCUCCUACGCCGCCGACACUCUGACGCCGGUGACCACGCCCACGGAGGCGGACACUCCGCCCAGGCAACGGGUUUCGCUGUCCACGAAGGGCGGGCAACGGAUGCAGCUGCUCCUGGAGGCCCACGUGGAGCCAGUGCAGCGGCCCAGCUCCCAGGACACGACGGCUGUGCGGCUCGAAGAUUACGGUAAGCUAAUUGCAUGGAAAAUAGACUCCCACCUGGCGGUGCUCAUCGAGACAGACGUCGAGCACUUCACGCAACUUUUGAUAACGACUUUCUUGCGAAAUAAUUUAUGCAUUAACGAUCAGCUGCCACUUUUGCGGAUUGAGUCGGUUCAGCGAGAAGGUGAUCCGCAGCCCUUUGAGUUGCUGGCCAAUCACCUGAAGCGCCAGUCCCGCACCACCGUCGGUCUGGACAAGGAUGGUUGGAAGAAGCACCUGGAGGAUCUUCGAGCCGUCGGCGUGCUGGCCCACCAAGCCACCGAGUUCGAGUACCAAAGAAAUCGCUCCGAGGGAAGGACGAAACCAGAUCUCAUCGCCCAUGAGCAUCGCCAGACCCCGGAGCCCGUGGCCAAGGCUGUGGCUGUGGUGGAGCCGACCAACAAGGCAUCUCUGUCUCCGGCCAGGGUAGCGGAUAGUUCCCAGAAAGCAGAGCCCAAGGGAACGCCGGUCAAACUUUCUCCUGCUAAAAGUGAAGCAAAAACCAGUCCUGCUAAAAGCGAAGCUAAGUCCACUCCUGCUAAGAACGAAAGCAAGCCAGUCAUAACCAAAGAGGACUCAAAGUCGACGCCAAGUAAAGGCGAACGUAAACCAAGUGAAUUGGAAAAACUAGCCGCCGCCCAGGCGUCCCAGAUGCAGAAGAUAGAGAGGGUGGAGGUCUCGCCCAUUAAGGCUGCUCCAUCGACCAAGCCAUCAACCCUCAGUGAUGUCAAUGAGCCUGUGAAGUCAUCAGAUAAACCAACGAAGCCCAGCAAAUCCUUUGAGGUGGUGAAGCCUUUGAAUUCUCCUCCGUCGGCUGGCAUUGCUCCUUCACGACCUGUGCUGCAACGGAAUAAGAAUAGUCUGCAGGAGAGCAAGCCUCUGAAUGUUUUAGUCUACUCGGACAGUGCCAGCGCCCGCGAGUCCACCCUGGCCACUCUUCAGCAGCUGCUGGAGCGGAAUGUGUACACCAUCUACCCGCUGAUGCCGCAGCAAGCGGCCCUAAAAUACUGGACAGAGCAGACUGCUCUGCUUGUUGUCUGCGGAUCGGUGGCGCCGGGAAUUGGUCAGAUCUUGGUAGACUACUUCCUGCACGGCGGCAAGGUGCUGAGUCUGUGUUCGGAUAUACUGCACUUCAUACUGCCCAACUAUCGUACAGCGGAGGUUCGAGAGCACGAAUUGGUUCAAUUCUCCUAUGACAAGUGGCAGCGGGUCAAGAUGAUGCACCACAUUUUCUGCUACCAGCCGUCGCCGGUGAAGAAACACUUCUCCACGGACAGCGAGGAGUCGACUAAGUCACAUUCCCGCAAACCAGCUCUAGUAUGUCCAAGGUCCAUGGAACUGAAGGAUCUGGCCGGGCACAGCCACAAUUUGGAUGUACAGGUGCUGGGCACCGAGGAAACCUGGAACACGCCUAGCUUGAUGUUGGCCAAAAGCCUGCAGAGCGGGGGAAAGGCCGUCUUCUCGCAGGUUCAUCUGGAAAUGAAUCCCAGCGAGUUCGAAUCGGAUGAGAUUAAGUACUCCAUUCUGAAGCAGAACGAACGCACUCGGCUCGAGAUAUUUGCGGAUCUCUUGGGGAAGUACCUGGAUGUGCAGGUCCAGGGUGGAGUGGGUGUCGAUCAGUCGCAGCCUGGAGUGGUCUAUCAGCACGCCUAUUUCCUGGGCCGCCAUGAGACCAAGUUUGAGCUUUUGGAGAAGUUGCGUUUGCGAUGCAGUGGAUCCGAUAACGUCAUAGCAACGCCAAAGCUGACGAUCAAAUUCUGUGGAAAGGACGACAAGCCGCCAGUGGCCAAUAACAAUGUCCUGCCCAUACUGAUACAUUCCUGUCCGGACGACUUCUCCACCGUAGAGUACUUUGAUCAUCUUAAAACGGAGCACAUUGGACGACUGGUCAUCUAUGCACCCGUUGUGAGCAGUUCUAUGCAUGUCAUCAACAACCUGGAACUCAUCAAUGGUCUGGCAGUGCUGCCCGUGCAACAGACCUCUGGAGUGGGUCGCAGUAAUAAUCAGUGGCUUAGUCCCCUGGGCUGUGCCAUGUUUUCCUUGCAACUCCACCUGGCCAUGGACUCAGCGUUGGGCUCUCGGUUGCCUCUUCUGCAGCACCUGGUUGGAGCGGCCAUCGUCAAUUCUCUACGGGGUCAUGAACAGUAUGGGGUUUUAGAUAUUUCUUUGAAGUGGCCAAAUGACAUAUAUGCAAAUGGGAACCAGAAAAUUGGCGGCCUCGUCGUUAACACUACUCUGCAGGGUUCUCAAGCCAUCGUCAAUAUUGGCAGUGGAAUUAAUUUAAAUAAUUCAAAACCAACUGUUUGCAUUAACGAUUUGAUAAGGGAACAUAAUAUCCGUGCCCCCAACAACAAACUACCCAUUCUUAAGUAUGAGCUGUUUAUUGCCACGAUAUUUAAUGAAAUCGAAAGACUUUUGGGCGAGGUACAAAAUGGAGACUUUGAUAGUUUUUAUGCCUUAUACUACUCGCUCUGGUUACACAGCGGUCAGACCGUCAAGAUUUGCCUCCAAAAUGAACAAGAACGGGAAGCUGAAAUAGUGGGUAUCGAUGAUUAUGGAUUUUUGAAGGUGAAAUUACCAAAUGGAGCCGUAGAAACAGUGCAACCCGACGGAAAUAGCUUUGAUAUGCUAAAGGGAUUGAUUGUACCCAAGUUCCAGUAGUUGAAUGAAUCGGAAGAAGAAAACUUAUAUUAUUCCCCAAUCCACUUAUUUAAUAGAGCUAUUAUCAUUAUGUAUUUUUUAGGCGCAUUUAGGUCAAUUUAUGAAGAAUUAAUUACUUACAUAUGUACUUAUUAACCGAAUUUAUUCUUGCUUAAAAUUGAUAGAAAAUUUUUUAAAAUAAUAUGAAUUCCACUAAAUUGAAUACUGCCAAAGAAAAAUAUGUUACUGGUAAUCUCCAAUAUUUAUACAAAUUGGUAUAGAACUAACAGAUAUAUGCCGUAUAUCCCAGUGUUUUGAAAAUACUUCGUAAGUUUAUCCAGUCGUUACUGUUGUUAUUGUCAUCAAAUCCUCUUCGUAUGGGUGUUUUUGAAAUUGGACUUUAAUAAAGACGUAUUUGAUUAUUGCGAACUUUAAA